AAAACACUACGUUUUCAAAAUUUAAACUGGAGCUAAUCCACAGGGGAUGUCUCAUCUCGAUGCCCCAAGCAAUUAAUACACUAACGGCCGUCAAAUGAAAGAAAAAAGAGGCCUUCAGUCCUUCCGAUGACAUCAAUUACCUCCUACAUAGAGUACGAGCCGGGGCAGGAUUCGACCUUGUAACCUGUGCACGACCAUGGUGUUAAAAGCCAGAUUUAAUUACUGGUUUUAAAAUGGAGGAUAGUAUGUUGUGUUAUUAAGGACGCCUGCAAGUUUCAUUAAAGCCAAAAUUAAAAAAUUAUGAACGAAUACGAUUCCCCUCAUUAAAGCCCUCCUUUAAUUAAAAACCCAAUGAAAUUUCAAUGCAUUUGGGUUAUUAAAAAACAUGAACGAACAUAAAAUUUGCUAUCUAUCUGUGCGCCAAACCGCGAGGUUGACCCUGCUAAAGGGGGAGGGGGAGGACGAUGAUGGGGUUCUGCUCAGUUAAUUAUAUAUUGGAGAAUCGGCAGUCGCUGUAGGCCAUGGAAACUUGAGAUUCUACGGUUGUUUUGGUUGAAAAAACUAGACCUGUAGCUCUGUCACAGAACUUACAGUUAUGUAUAAGAAUCAGCUUCAAGAGCUGGCACAGAGAAGCUGCUUCAAUCUGCCUUCUUAUGCUUGUAUCAGGGAAGGACCAGACCAUGCGCCUAGAUUCAAGGCUACUGUGAACUUCAAUGGAGAAGUGUUUGAAAGCCCCAACUACUGUAGUACUCUAAGACAGGCUGAGCAUUCUGCUGCAGAGGUUGCACUCAAUGCUUUGGCUACCAGAGGUCCUGCAAGGUCUCUCGCUGCCAGAGUUUUGGACGAGACGGGGGUGUACAAGAAUUUGCUGCAAGAAGUAACCCAUAGGGCUGGGUUGAGCCUUCCCAUGUAUACCACUGUCCGGUCUGGACCUGGGCACCUUCCAGUUUUUACCUGCACUGUAGACCUGGCUGGGAUUAGUUUUACAGGCGAGCCUGCCAAGACUAAGAAGCAAGCGGAAAAGAAUGCCGCAAUGGCUGCCUGGUCUGCUCUCAAGCAAUUGGCACAUCUAGGGAGUUCAUCUUCAUCCCCAUGGGAUGCAGAUGAAGACCAAGAGCGGGAGCAAGAGCAGAUCACUAUUGCUAGAGCUCUCUCAAAUCUAAGGGGUCGAGAUGAUGCAGGCUGCAUGUCUCACCAGCAGCUGCUGCAGAGGAGAAGGAUUCAAGCUCAGAGAGACAAACAUUCUCUUGUUACAGUUAAAAGUCCAAGGUAUCAUUCUCAACCUACACAGCAGCAGCAUAACAGGGUUCUCACAUUGCCUACGUUGCCUCCCCCUCCACCUGCCCCUGCUCCAACUGGGUCCAAGCUACUGCCAUUCAUAAGGUCCAUAUUCCCUCAAAGAAGCCAACAGCCACAACAGCACGAGUCUAUUCAAUCACCAUCCUCGUCAUUAUCACCUCUCCCUAGAGACUCUUUUAACAGGGCCACUCCAAACUUGGGCUCCUUCCAUGACAUGCACACAUAUCCCAAGGCAGAAAAUAGGCCUACAUCAAGGGUUCUACCAGUUCAAAGUCGGACUAGAUUGGGAGCUUCCAUUCAGGAGGUUCCGAUUCCUCUGGAAGAACAUCAGAGAGAUGAGGAUGAAUGGCUGCAUGGAGGUGAUACUUCAACCAGAGGAGACAGUAAGAACACAGCAGGAGCCGCUAGCAGCUGGAGUUGGGGCAGUGCCGCUAACGCAUUUGCUGCAUUUGGGUCUAAUAAUAAUACUUCCAGAUCUUCAUAUUCAAUGCAGCAACCUCCACAGAAUUUUAACUUCCCAAGUACCCAUCAAUCAUGUACUGUAUAUGGAAACCCCAGUUCUAGUAGUUCUAGGUGUCUUAGACCUGUUUCUUCCUUGGAUAUUUCUCCGGUAACAAUUAGGUCCACAGUUCCAGUCUGCGCAGCACCUCCCCCUAGAAGGAUCAUAUCAGAUUCAAACAGGAAUGGGUCCAAUUUUGCAGCUCCUGGAAUCCGCAUUAGAUCGGUAAUACCUGUCUGUUCAGCUCCACCUGUCCCACCAGGAUUUCCCUCACCAGGUGACCGCGAGGCUGUUGAAUCUAGCCAUAGAGCUCAAGCUGCCAAAGGGGUCGAUGAAGAUGAGGGUAAAAGUGAUGGCGAUGCAGACAAAUUGAUGCAAGAGUUGAAUAUGAAGCUUCAACUAUGAACUGAAAGUGAACAUAGAAACAUUUAGUUACCGAAAUCACAUAUAGUUGUUAUCAUUUUUACAGGUUUAUAGCUUUUUUUGAACACCAAAUGUGCUGUUCUUUUGCACUUAGUGCAAUUCAGAGGGAAAUCAUUUUUUUGGGUGCCAAUCUUAUAUCAAAUGAUAUCAGCAUUUUUCAUUUUUCAGAAUGCCUUUUGUUAAAAAGAAGUUUGGGAUGAUAUCUGGGGAAAAGAGGUGUAUAUUUUGACGUUAAAUUUUGGAUGUCAAACUGUUAUGUUUAUAAUUGGUUCUUCCCUUUUCGUAAAGGCUUCUGUCACAACCAAAAAAUAGUUUAUUGAAAGUACUGCAAUUUCAGAGGUGGAUGUCGUUUUGUGCAAACCCUGAAUUUCUUUUGUA